UGCACAUGCUAGUAGGCUAGGCUCUUCCUGCCGCUCCCAAUCUUCAACUCACACUUAUCAGAGCUUCAAAGGGUUUUUCACUUUUCCCAAACUCUCAUAACUUCCAUUCGAAAGCGUCACCCCUAAAACCUUCGAUCUGGUUGCGACAAUGAGCGGCGAUGGCCGGAGACGUGACCGGAGAGACAACAGAGCAUCCAAGAAGCGGAAGCUGAACCGCACUCCCGAGGAAGAGCUCGAGGCGAAAUUAGGGUUCGAUCUCUUCUCAGAAGGUGAAAAGCGUCUAGGAUGGUUACUCACUUUUGCAUCCUCUUCUGUUGACGAUGAAGACAGUUACAAAGUGUACAGUUGCGUUGAUCUUUACUUUGUUGCACAGGAUGGCUCUUCAUUCAAGACAAAAUUCAGAUUUCGGCCCUAUUUCUAUGUAGCUACAAAGGAUAAAAUGGAGAUUGAUGUUGAAGCAUACCUGAAAAGACGUUAUGAAGGUCAGAUUGCAGAUGUUGAAAUUAUAGAAAAAGAAGACCUGGAUCUUAAAAACCAUUUAUCUGGGUUAAGAAAAUCUUAUUUAAAGCUUUCAUUUGAUACUGUGCAACAAUUGAUGGAUGUGAAGAGAGACCUGAUGCCUACUGUUGAAAGAAAUAAGGCCAAGUCUGAUGCUGCAGAAGCUUUUUUGUCCGUGUCAACAGAAAGAAGAGAACAUAGACCUCAAGAUUUUCUAGAUUGCAUAACCGAUGUUCGUGAAUAUGAUGUUCCUUAUCAUGUUCGCUUUGCUAUUGACAACGAUAUACGGUGUGGCCAGUGGUAUGAUGUUGGAGUGUCCAGUAAUAAUGGGGUUACACUUGAGAAGAAGACAGAUCUUCUGCAGCGUGCUGAAGUUCGUAUUUGCGCAUUUGACAUUGAGACCACAAAACUUCCAUUAAAAUUUCCUGAUGCUGAUUAUGAUUUAAUUAUGAUGAUUUCAUACAUGGUAGAUGGUCAAGGGUAUUUAAUCAUAAAUAGAGAGUGUGUUGGGGAUGAUAUAGAGGAUAUAGAGUACACUCCAAAACCAGAGUUUGAAGGGUGUUUUAAGGUGACAAAUGCUCAAAAUGAGAUUGAGCUUCUUAGAUUAUGGUUUUCUCAUAUGCAAGAGGUGAAACCUGGUAUCUAUGUGACGUAUAACGGUGAUUUCUUUGAUUGGCCAUUCCUGGAACGAAGGGCAACCCAUCAUGGGUUCAAAAUGAGUGAUGAAUUGGGGUUCAAAUGCGAUAUGAAUCAAGGGGAAUGUCGUGCUAGAUAUGCUUGCCAUUUAGAUUGUUUUGCUUGGGUUAAACGUGAUAGUUAUCUCCCUCAGGGGAGCCAAGGCCUGAAGGCAGUUACAAAAGCAAAGUUGGGAUAUGAUCCAUUGGAGGUGAAUCCUGAGGACAUGGUUCGCUUUGCAAAGGAAAAGCCACAGAUGAUGGCCUCCUAUUCUGUUUCUGAUGCAGUGGCAACUUAUUACUUAUAUACAACUUAUGUUCAUCCCUUUAUUUUCUCUCUUGCAACCAUUAUACCCAUGUCACCAGAUGAGGUUUUGCGCAAAGGUAGUGGAACCCUGUGUGAAAUGUUGCUUAUGGUGCAGGCAUACAAGGCUAAUGUUAUAUGUCCUAACAAACAUCAAUCUGACCCAGAGAAGUUUUAUAAUAAUCAUCUUCUUGAGAGUGAGACGUACAUUGGUGGUCAUGUGGAAUGUCUUGAAAGUGGUGUAUUCAGAUCUGAUAUUCCAUCUAGUUUUACACUUGAGCCAUCUGCCUAUCAGCAACUUAUCAACAACCUUGAUCGAGAUCUACAGUAUGCCAUAACAGUGGAGGGUAAGAUGGAUUUGGAAUUUGUUUCUAAUUAUGAUGAAGUAAAGAAUGCAAUCAUGGAAAAGCUUGUAAAAUUACGAGAUGCACCAAUACGUGAAGAAUGUCCCCUCAUUUAUCAUCUGGAUGUAGCUGCCAUGUAUCCAAACAUAAUUUUAACAAACCGACUUCAGCCACCGUCAAUUGUUACGGAGGAAGUUUGCACUGCAUGUGAUUUUAAUCGUCCCGGAAAGACUUGCCUACGCAAACUUGAGUGGGUUUGGCGUGGAGAAACAUUCAUGGCUAAGAAAAGUGACUAUUAUGCUUUAAAGACACAAAUUGAAUCAGAGUUUGUUGAUGAUUCUGAGAAGAACAACAAAGCCUUGACCCACUAUUCUGAGAAGUCAUCAAAAUCUUUUCUUGACCUUCCCAAGGCAGAGCAACAAUCAAGACUGAAAGAGCGUUUAAAGAAAUACUGCCAGAAGGCAUAUAAGCGGGUACUUGACAAACCUGUUACUGAACUUCGAGAAGCAGGAAUCUGCAUGCGUGAAAAUCCAUUUUAUGUUGAUACUGUUCGCAGUUUCCGGGAUAGAAGAUAUGAAUAUAAAGGUCUCAAUAAGGUUUGGAAGGGAAAGUUGUCAGAGGCCAAGGCUAGUGGAAAUUCUAUGAAGAUCCAGGAAGCACAGGAUAUGGUUGUGCUUUAUGAUUCAUUGCAACUUGCUCACAAGUGUAUACUUAAUUCCUUUUAUGGAUAUGUCAUGCGCAAGGGUGCAAGAUGGUACUCCAUGGAAAUGGCUGGAGUAGUGACAUAUACUGGUGCAAAAAUCAUUCAGAAUGCCCGCUUACUAGUAGAGAAAAUAGGAAAACCACUUGAACUAGACACUGAUGGUAUCUGGUGUGCACUACCUGGAUCUUUUCCGGAAAAUUUCACUUUUAAAACAAAAGACCCAAAGAAGAAGUUUACAAUCUCAUACCCAUGUGUUAUGCUUAAUGUUGAUGUGGCAAUAAAUAACACAAAUGAUCAAUACCAGACACUCACAGAUCCAAUCAGGAAAACUUAUACAACUCACAGUGAAUGCUCUAUUGAAUUUGAGGUGGAUGGACCAUACAAGGCAAUGAUCCUUCCCGCUUCCAAGGAAGAAGGAAUUUUAAUUAAGAAGCGAUAUGCUGUUUUUAAUGAUGAUGGAACCCUCGCAGAGCUUAAAGGUUUUGAGAUCAAGCGCAGAGGUGAACUGAAGCUAAUAAAAGUUUUCCAGGCUGAACUUUUUGACAAGUUUCUCCAUGGUUCAACUUUAGAGGAAUGCUAUUCAGCUGUUGCUUCAGUGGCAAAUGGCUGGCUUGAUCUUCUUGAUAACCAGGGAAAGGAUAUUGCAGACAGUGAGUUGCUUGAUUAUAUAUCAGAAUCAAGUACCAUGAGCAAAUCUUUAGCUGAUUAUGGUCAGCAAAAAUCUUGUGCUGUUACCACUGCUAGACGUCUGGCUGACUUUCUUGGCGAUACAAUGGUCAAAGAUAAAGGUCUUCGAUGUCAGUACAUAGUAGCAAGUGAACCCAAGGGCACACCAGUAAGUGAGCGUGCUGUUCCUGUGGCAAUAUUUGAAACUGAUGCUGAGGUAAUGAAGUUCUAUGUCCGAAAAUGGUGCAAGGUCUCAUCAGAUGUUGGCAUUCGAUCCAUAGUUGACUGGUCCUAUUACAAGCAGCGGCUUAGUUCUGCAAUUCAAAAAAUUAUCACUAUUCCUGCUGCAAUGCAAAAGGUUGCAAAUCCCGUCCCUAGGGUGGUUCAUCCUGAUUGGUUGCAUAAGAAGGUCCGUGAGAAGGAGGACAAAUUUCGCCAACGGAAAUUAGUUGAUGCCUUUAAAUCAAUGAAUAGGAAUGAACACUCAAAAAGGCAUGAUGACUCAACUCGUGUCCCUCUUGUCAUGGAUGGUGAUAUUGUUAAUGAGUUGGAGGACUUUGGAAAUAAGGACAGGAGUUCUACAUGCAGACCUAGACCAAUUAUACGGCAUUAUGAAGCUAACAAUGAACAACAUUCAAGGAAGGUCUAUGAUCAAGAAGAUGUGGAGCAGCAGCAUAAUAAACCAUUACAACAAAAUGUUUACAGAAGUGUAGAUUAUCAAGGAUGGCUUCAAAUAAAGAAGCAAACGUGGAAAGAUAUUCUGGAAAGGAGAAAGAAGCAAAGAUUGGAGAAUUCAAAGAAAUCUGACCGUGUUAGUAGUGUUCUUGAACAAAUGAAUGGUAAGGGGAAUCAGGGCAGAAGUCAUGUCAGUUCAUAUCUUAAAAGGCUUGAGGUAGACUUAACAAAGCGUCACUGGCAGAUAAUACAACUAGUCCCCAGUUCACUGAUAGGCCAAUUUUUUGCUUGGGUUGUUGUUGAUGGGAGUAUGCAUAAGAUUCAUGUUUCUGUUCCUAGAGUCUUUUACCUCAAUUCAAGAUCAGCAAUUACUGAAGGAUUUAUGGGUAAACGUGUUAACAAGACUCUUCCUCAUGGAAGGCAUAGUUAUAACUUGUAUGAGGUCUCAAUUAAUGAAAUUCAAUAUGGGGAAGCAAGCCAAAAACUUGCAGCUCUUCUAGCAGAUCCUGAUGUUGAGGGAGUAUAUGAAACUAAGGUGCCACUGGAAUUUAAUGCAAUAGUCCAGCUUGGUUGUGUAUGUAAGGUGGACAAGACUGCUAAUAAACGUAGUCUACAAGAACCAUGGAAUUUAAGUGAAUUGCACAUGAAGACCACAGCAGAAUGUGCUUAUCUUGAACAAUCUAUAUCUUUCUUUUAUUUUUACCAUAGCAUCUCUGAGGGACGGGCUAUAUACAUUGGAUAUUUUCCUGCAUCAAAAACAAUGACUGUUGUGGUGGUUAAUCCCUAUCAAAACAAAGAUUUAUCCCCGGUUUUUCUUGAAAGACAUUUUCAUGAUGCUUGCCAGUCUUUGUCUAUUGAGCCACCUCCGAGGAAUGGCAUUAAUUUUAAGGUGGACUAUGUUGCACAUGUCAAGGAUGCUGAAGCAGUGAUGCAAAGAGCAAUAAAUGGCCACAGUCAUGGGAGGGAAAAUCACAUGCCUAUGGUUGCUGUCAUUGAAUGCCCAAAUGUUCAAUUAGUAAAAUUGGGCAUCCGAGCUCUGGAUAAUUUUCCAUGCCUGAGUGUUCCUUAUAAUGCACGUGAUAGUCAGUACCAGAUUCUUGGAUGGCAACAAGUUGCUGCUAAAACUGGAAUGCAACGUUGUGCUGCAUCAGUCCAAUGGCUAAAUCAAAGAAUUGCUCUCUCAAGAUAUGCCCAUGUACCGCUGGGGAACUUUGAACUUGACUGGCUUAUAUUUAUUGCGGAUAUCUUCUUUUCAAGAGCAUUGCAUGAUAAUCAACAGGUACUUUGGAUAUCUGAUGAUGGCCUUCCAGAUUUAGGUGGAAUUAACAGUGAACAGAACUGUUUUGUCGACGAGGUCCAACAACCUGCUCUUACAUAUCCUGGAGCUUAUAGAAACGUAACUGUGGAGCUAAAGAUACACCACCUGGCUGUAAAUGCUCUUCUCAAAUACAACCUAGUUAAUGAAAUGGAAGGAGGCACUCUAUUAAGAUUUGGUCAUGAACUUGAUUCUGGAGCAUUUUCCACAAAUGAUCAAAAUGGUUUUGACGAGUCUACCUCAUGUGUACAAGCCUUUCGAGUCCUUAAACAGUUGAUCCAGCGGUGCCUAGCUGAUGCAGUUACAUCCGGAAAUGUUUAUGCUGAUUCAAUUUUGCAACAUCUGUAUAGAUGGCUUUGCAGCCCUAAAUCAAAACUUCAUGAUCCUGCUCUCCACCAGUUACUCCACAAGGUCAUGCAGAAGGUCUUUGCAUUGUUGUUGGCAGAGUUCCGCAAGUUAGGUGCUACAAUUGUAUUUGCAAACUUCUCAAAAAUUAUUAUAGACACUGGGAAAUAUGAUCUGUCUAGAGCCAAAGCUUACUGUGACAGUUUGUUAAGAACUAUACAAUCAAGAGAUCUAUUUGAAUGGAUUGAGCUUGAACCACUGCAGUUCUGGUGCUCGUUGCUAUUCAUGGAUCAGUAUAACUAUGGUGGAAUACCAACAAAAUCUGAUGAAGCUGUAAAUAAUGAAUCUCAAGUAGACAUUAUAUCAAGCUGGAAUAUUGCUGAAUACUUGCCGAAAAAAAUCCAAGACCAUUUUGUUUUCAUCGUUUCUCAGUUCAUGUAUAUUCCCUGGAAUUAUGCAAAAAAACAAGCACAAAUCAGGGCCUCAUUGCAGAAUGGUGACUCCUGUACACCAUCAAUUAACAUUGGAGCCGCAGAGGCUUUUGAAUCAGAAAUAACGGAAUUUACCAAAGAGCAGAUCGGCUCGUACUUCACACACAAACUGCUAGGAAUUGUUCACGAUAUUGGUCUUCAUAUGAAGGGUAUGAACAGAUUAGAAAACAACCAGAGUACAUCGGGCCUUCCUCCACUUACGGGUGAUGUCCAUAGAGGGGAUGCUUCCUUGGAAUUUAUCAAGCAUGUUUGUGCUGUCCUGGCCCUUGACCAAAGUGUGCAGCAUGAAGUUUUGGUCUUGAGAAAAAAUUUGCUCAAAUAUGUUGAUGUUAAGGAGUUUGCUCCUGAAGCUAAGUUUCAUGGUCCUUGUCAUUCCUUCAUCUUAUCCAAUGUCAUAUGCAGCUAUUGUAAUGACUGCAGAGACUUGGAUUUGUGCCGUGAUUCGGCUUUGUUAACUGAGGAGUGGCGUUGUGCAGUUCCACAGUGUGCCCAGCCUUAUGACCGUGAGGUGAUGGAGAAUGCUCUUCUUCAAACUGUAAGACAAAGAGAACGGCUGUACCACCUGCAAGAUCUGGUGUGUACCAGGUGCCAUCAGGUGAAAGCUGCACAUUUGGCUGAGCAAUGUGCAUGUGCAGGCUCAUUUAGGUGCAAGGAAGAUGCAAGUGAAUUUCGUGAAAAAAUGCAAAUUUUCUUGAACAUAGCUUCUCGUCAGAAAUUCCAACUUCUCCAAGAAUGUACCUCUUGGAUUUUAGAACUUAGAUAGUUUAAAUUUAAGUGAGGGCCUAGGAUCAGAGCAAUAGUAUCUAUGUAUACAGUGGGUCCCUGCAAGUGUAGAUAUGAAAGUGUCCAAACCUACUUGUGACCAACAGUUGAUAUUUAUGCAUCCCUGUGCGGUGUGCUUGUUUGACACUGCUCUAAGCAAUUCUUUUAUUGUAUUUAUCAUCUGCAUGAUGUAAAUUGCAUGUACAUGAAAUGUUUAUCGUGAUCAAUGAAAUAUUUAUCCUGUUGGCAUGCAA